ACCUUUCAAUUCCCGAGGCUGGAUUUUCAAGGUGAAAUGAGGACUCACGUUUCACUUCCUCUCCCACGGGUGUUGCAAAUGCACCUGGGCUGCCUAUUGACACGGUCCGCUGGGAUUUGUGCAGUUUACCGAUGAGGUCCAGCUCAGUUGAUAUCAUCAUCACGGACAUGCCCUUUGGGAAGAGGAUGGGCUCCAGGAAGAAGAACUGGGACCUUUACCCGUCCUGCCUGAGAGAAAUGGCGCGCGUGUGCAGGCCGGCCUCUGGGAAGGCUGUGCUGUUGACACAGGACAAGAAAUGUUUUUCCAAGGCUCUCUCCAGAAUGGGGGGAUUGUGGAGGAAGCAGCACACUGUUUGGGUCAAUGUCGGUGGUUUACACGCCGGAGUGUUCCUGCUCAGGCGGACCAGCGCCUUGUUUGGCCAAACUCCCGAAGACAUCUAUGAAUCACAAGACUCGACACGUACACAAGGAGAUCAGGACGACAGCCAGCGUUAGGUUACGGUUUUGCCUUACACUAUCCCACAUAUGUUGGAUGAACAUACUUUAAGAUUUUCUUUGCUAAUUUUAAACUUUUUUUUUUCUCAAUUUUCAUAUCAAGUGGCCAAAUCUUGUUUUUUGUAAACAGGCAAACAAAAAGGAAAGCCUUUGUUGACUUCACUUCUAAUACAAGAGCAAACCGUGAGAAAUUGGUUCUCAUUAGUAUGCAGGUGUACCUACUGAAGUGGCCCACGAGUGCACAUUUACUGUUAGGCAGCAAGUUAAGGUUUCAUCAAUAAAAGUUUUUAAAA